CUUCCUUUCCACAGAGGAGGGGAUGAAGGGUGGGAUGGAGACAGAGCAGGAAAAGGAGGGGGUUGUACGUCUCCUCUGCAUCAGUCUCAGCAUCACUGCUUUCGUCACAAGAAAACAUGCUGUGAUGAACAACGCUUACAGGGGGAAAAAAAUCAACACCAUCAUCAUCAUCAGCUCCUCCUUUUUCACCAGCAUCCAAGGAUCCGACGAUUCUGCCUUCCUUGUUUACAGGCACUAAAAUCUUCCUGAGACAGAAAGACCUUUCCCAGACAUAACCUGAGCGAAGAGGACAGCAGCAUCAUCUCUGUUAACAUGGGAAACCAGGAAGCAAAACAAAAGAGGGCUGCAGCUGCAUCAAGCAAUGAAAGCUACCCUUCAAUAGACGAAGAAUGGAAGGAGGGAGGAGGGGACGUGACAAAAAGGAGGGGGAAGAAACUCGGUAAGCAUGGAGGUAGAGGAGCAGUCAGUGGUGGAGAAGGAGGAGGGUCACAUGGCACGGGACCAAGCAGAAAAAAACACAAGUCUGACUCUAAGACCUCUGUUUUUUCCCUGCGGAAGAGAAAGGGCAAUCAGAAAGGGAAAGGAGAAACAUGCUCAUCAGUGACUGGCUCAAAGGAGGACAUAUUAGCAUUACAAAACAAUGAGCCGGACAGCUCGAAAACACCCGAUCUGUCUGGAGAUGAUUUGGGACAGUCAGACACCGAGGCUGCAUUUCUCAACAAGAAUGAGAAACUGGACCUGGGGAGCAGGGAUGGAGACGGAUGGAGAGGGGAAAAGCAACGGCUGAAGCUGAAAACCUCUCCCACAGAAGGAGGAGGACAGAAGAGAGGCAGCUCAGGGUCCGACACUGACAUCUACAGCUUCCACUCAGCAGCUGACCAAGAGGAUUUACUUGCAGACAUUCAGCUCACGAUAAAACUCCAGCAUCUGCAGCAUGGUGGGACUGUUUCAAUCCUGGAAGCACAUGGAGAGGGAGGAGGAGGAGGAGGAGGAGGAGAGGAUCUUAGCUGCGGGGAAGCAACAGAGGUGAGAAGAAAGUUGAGUAAUGGGAUCAUGACAUUAAAUUCAGCUGAGGUUCAAGACGUGACUCCCGAACUGGAAAUGGGGUCUGAUGCAUUGUCAUUCAUAGAGCGAGGAACCCUGCUUGACUCUGUCAAACCUACAGACCUGCCGCUGGUGUUUCCAACCACACAGACCUCCUUCCACACAGAGCUGCAGAGACAGGAGGGGACAGAGGAGGAGCUGGGGACGGGUAAAGUGGUAUUAGAAGGCUCUCUUUGCAUUGCCAUUGACACAGAAGACCAACAGGUUUUGUUGCAGCAGUCCCCUUUCAUAGACAUCUCAAUGAAUAAUGCUGGAGGGGUAGCAGUCAGCCCAACCGACAUGGAAACAUCUAGUAACAUCUUUUCUGAAAUUACGUUUGACAGUUCAGAGAGGUGGGAGGAAAGAGAGGGUGAAACCCUGCGAGAGGAUGAUGUUGAUCUCAGUCCUGCAGCUGCAACCAGCAUUUGUAAUUCCAAACCUGCAGAGGCCUUAAGCACAAGAAUGUUUUUCAAAGAAUUUAGAAGUCAGUUGGACUCAGAUACCAGUGCAGAGUCCCUUAAUGACUGCCCAAGUGCAGGUUCUGAAACCAGCAGUACUGCAGCUGCCUACACCAAGGCGCCUGUUUCUGUUCAGCACUGCAGGAGGAGCAGCACCUGCUUCACUACACCACCACCACAGGAAAGUCCUAACUCAGCUAAAAAGCUCCAAAGGUCCACCCAUUCUUCAUGCUCUUCCAACAACGCAGUGAAACCAUAUCCUCCUAUAUUUCCAUCAUAUAUAAAGACUACCACCAGACAGCUUACCUCCUCAGGACACCUCCCUGGCCUGUCUCCCUCCCACAGUCCACUGUCCUCACGCAGAACUCACAGUUAUUUUUACAGGACGUUGGCUGAGGGUCACAAGGCUCGACAUCGCACCCGAAGCCUCACCAGCCCCAUCAGUCGAUCAGCUGACUGGACAGAGGAACUUGAGAUGCGGCUCAGGAGCAGAGAAGAUGAUGGAGGAGGUUCAGUAGAAUAUCUGAUGAGCAACAGGGGAGGAGGAAGUCAGCCCAUCUGUGCUACCAGAAGAUCCUCCUAUGGACAGAUUUCUCGUUGCGGAUUUCAGGACAUCUUCACAGGUCGUACUUUGUUGGAAAAGCUGUUCCUGCAGCAGCAGCAAGAGGAACCAGAGGAGGCUGAAAGGCUCUGUUCCAAGAUCUUGGCCAUGGGUCUCCUGCUGCCUUUUGCAGAGUGUUUCAAAGAGCAGCUAGGAGGCAGCACAGCACACAACACCUCUGCUACUCCAACCAAGUUUGAGCAUGAUCAGCUGUACAAGUGGGCAGCCGUCAACCAGCCACCAAACACACCAGAUCUUCUUGAGGGGAAACUAGCAAGUCCAAUCAAAGGUCCAUGGCCUCCAGUGAGACCAGGUCUGGACAACCAGACUGCACUCAGAUCUACAGAGACAGAACAUCAGGACGUCCUCUCGAGUUUGAGACAGCAAGAACAUGAUGAGACAUUAGAGGAUAAAUGUGUGCUCCCCUCGAAGAAAAUAAGGGAAAAACAUAUUAAUGUCAUCCAGCAACUCGAACAAACUAUAGAAGACCUCAAGACUAAGAUUGUUGAGCUGGAGCGACAGCCACCUGUGCUGACAAGAGAUGGGACAAAGACAUCUACUACAGACAGAGCGUGUGGAGAAGAGGGCAUACUGAGGUCUCUAUGUGAUGCCCAUCUCCAGACAGAGGCAGCUUCCUCUCUAGGGUGCCUAGAGGACGAGUCUGUGCAGACCUCACCUCUAGACAAUGGCUUUAAGUUGAAAGUGCCUACUUCUGCCCUGCCACAGAGACAGAACGGCUUCCAGUGCUCAUGUCAGCUUCAAACGAUUCUUCCUCCACCACCGCCACUGCCAGGAGUGUCUGGAACUUUCAAUUCAAUGCAGACUAUGGCUCCCCCUCCUCCUCCUC